AUGUCUCGAGCUCAGGCUGUCGACGGUGCUGCCCUCACUGGCCCCGCUACGUUCUUAGAACGCUUACAGGUCGUGAAGGACGCCUUGUUACUUCCUUUCGUCAUCUUCGUCGGUCUGUUCAGACCAGAGAACAAAGCCCGUCCGUUCGCUCGCGCCGUAUACGAUAUCACGAUCCGCUAUAUCGCGCAUCGCGGCUGGAACAUUCGGCAGUGGCUCUUUUUUCUUGGGGCACGGAACUCGACGGAGGUGUAUGAUGCGUGGGCGCGGAAGAAUAAAAUGGAGAAUUUGACGGAUGAGUUUGGGCUCGAGGGUGAGGAAGGAGGAGGGGCGAAGCUGCAUUGGGUUGGAGCGCGGAGUUAUGAGAGGGUGUUGAUUUACUGCCAUGGUGGAGCGUUCUGUCUUCCUGCUAAUCAGGACCAGCACCUUGGUUUCUUGAGUGCUGUGAAGCGUGAACUCGAGAAAGCGGGAAAACCGACCGGAGUCGUCUUCCUUCCAUAUUCUCUCGCGCCGUUCGUGCCGUUCCCUGCCCAACUUCGUCAAAUCAACGCGGUGGUAAUUCACCUGUUAGCUAAAGGAGCAUCCCCAUCGAACAUCAUCCUCGUAGGCGAUUCCGCCGGCGGGAACCUGACUCUCCAGUUCCUAUCGCACACCCUGCAUCCCCUCCCUGGCAUCCCCGCACCUCCGACCCUCUCCACCCCACUCGCAGGCGCUCUCCUCAUCUCCCCCUGGGUAACCUUCGGGACCGACUACCCCUCCUUCAAAGAAAACGACACAGUCGACAACAUCAAUCAAUGCACUCUCGACUACAUGGCCGGUCUCGUGACGCCGGGGGUACCCCCAGGCCAGGAGCAGUGGUUCGAGCCUAUCAAGUCCGAUGAGACGUGGUGGCACGGGCUGGAUGGGAAGGUGAGGAGGGUGAUGUGCACGGUUGGGGAGUUCGAGUGUUUGAAGGAUCCGAUUGAAGAGUUUUCGAUGACGCGGUUGAAACCGAAUGUCAAGGAUUUUAGUUGGUUGGUGGAGAAGAAUGGGACGCAUAUUGAUUUUCUGUGUGAUUUUCAGGUGAAGGAGGGUGGGAGGGGCGAGCCGUAUUGGAGGGUUAUCUCUUGGUUGACGGACACUUUCCAGGGUUGA